AUGUCGACUAUUCCAAAAUUCCUUUUGAGCAAUGGGGUAGAAAUUCCCGCUCUUGGCUUGGGAACAUAUCGCAUAAAAACCAGAGAAACUGUGGAAUUAGUAAUAAAGAGCGCUAUCACUUUAGGAUAUAGACUUAUCGACUCUGCAAUAGGAUACAGAAAUGAGGAAUUCAUAGGGCGAACACUUCUGAAACUGUUUGAGGAUCCCUCCUUAGGUCUAAAAAGAGAGGAUGUAUUUAUUACGAGUAAAUUACCACCUAGAGAUCAAGGAUACGAGGCGUGUUACAAUGCUGUUAAUGCGUCACUUCGCCGUUUCGGUAUUGAGUAUAUUGAUUUAUUCUUGAUACAUUGGCCCGGUACCCAAGGUCUAAAACUUCACGAUCCACAAAACGCCGUAAAUCGACAUUCAAGCUGGCAAGCGCUUGAACGUCUCUACGAUGAGAAAAAAAUCCGUGCAAUCGGAGUCAGUAAUUACACACAUCGUCAUCUCACUCAAUUACUUUCCACGUGUAGAAUAAUUCCUGCCGUAUUACAGGUUGAAUUUCAUCCAUUGUUGUAUCAAAAAGAUAUUUGGGAAUUAUGUAAAAAACACGGAAUUAGGCUUGAAGCCUAUUCUAGUUUGGGUGAAGGGAAUUUGGUGAAUGGAAAUGUUGAGGUGGAUGGUUUGGAACAGAUUGCAUUAAAACAUGGUGUGACUAAAGCGCAAGUCUUGUUAAGAUGGGGAUAUCAGCAUGAGGUUAUUGUGAUCCCCAAAUCGACAUCACCUGAACGGAUAAAAACUAAUGCCGAAAUAUUUCAUUUUGAAUUAUCGAAAGAAGAAAUGGAAUUAUUGGACUCCGCAAGUGAUGAUAAAAAACGUCGAUUUUGUUGGGAUCCCACAGAAGUUUAUUGA